AUGUUUUAGAUUUGGAGUACAUAUGAUCAAAGAAAAUUCAGGUUCUAAGUAGGCUGGAAGAAACUCAAAGAAAAUCAUUGGAGGGCUGGAUUUCCAUUUAUACAUGCGUGCUUAUUUGCAGGAACUUAUGGAGGUUAUAAGCUAUCAAAGAAAAAAUGGCCUGUUUUAAAGAAAAGAUACAGAAUCCCUUAGCUUAUCUUUGCCUAUUAUUUUACAGGACACUUUGCUCACAAACUCUUUAAAAGACCAGAUUACUAUCAGACUUAUACUCCACUAGAAGCAAAAUACCGCCUUGACUUUUAUAAUGAAGGUUAUGGUGCAUUUCAUUUAAAAGAGGGGCAUACUUGGGAGGAAGUAGAGGACAUUCAUUUCUUCAUUUUAGAUGAUAAAGAGGCACUUGUAAAUGAUGCCUAAAAUAUUGAAUUAGCGAAGGCUUUUAUACUAGAGACUGACAGAUACCUGAAAAAAAGAAGAAUGCAAAAUCCUGAUUAUACUAGUAUUAGGUCCUUAUCUGAUGAAGAAAUUAAGUGUUUAUUUGAUUCAAAGAAUGAAGGUAUUGAUAUAAUUCCAGGAUGCUUGGAUAGAUUUGAAGAAUAGUAAAAUAUGCUUAUAAAAGAAUAACAGAAGCUGUAGGCUGAAUAAUAAGAAAAAGCCUUGUUAGCUUAACAAAAUUUAGAAUUGCAAAACAUUCAAAAUAGUCCAGCAAAUGUCUAGAACUAAGAUUAUAAGAAAAAUGAUCUAUGA